AUGAGCCACCAGCAUAUGCCGAAGAAUGACGAGGUUUUUGGACAAAGCAUUCCGGAAUUCUGUUUCAAAUAUUUCAAUAGCACCUCAGGUAGUAUUUAAAUGUUAUUUCUACGUAUAUUAAUCGUCUUUUCUGUAGCCAAACUGAUGCUGAGUAACAUUAAUAAGAACAUCAUUCAAGCUAAACAAGAGAUAGGCUUUCAGUUGUACGACGGAGUUUCGUAUCAGGUCAGCAAUAAGGAAUAUAAGUAAAAUAUUUUAUUUUUAUUUUUCAGCAGUUACGGAAGUCAAUCCAGGAACUGGCACGUAUCCGAUAUUCCAAGCACUUAUGCGAUCCCAGAGAGUUCUCUCCUACAGUUCUGUCAGUUCGCCACGAGUUCUCAUGCGAUGAGGUGUGCCAUAUCCUUACACGACAUUGCAAUUUAUUAUAUUCAGAUAUGCCGUUUUUGCGUUCCCGGCAGUAUACCCAUUUGCUUCAUGCGGAACCCGCUCUACUCGUACGUAGGAGUUAAUUGAGCAGUUAAAAUUUGAGAAACAAUUUUUAGGGGUCUUGCCCAAGUUUGUCUUUGCACAUACGAUCUAUGGGAGCCCGUGAACAGAGCGGCUUUCUCACUUCGUCAUGAGAAACGAAUCUUCAGUCGUCGCAUUUAA